AUGAGACCACAAUCAGCUUGUGUCGCUUGCCGUGAACGGCGCAAAAAAUGCCAUCGCCGCCCACGAGAGGCCCGCUGCAAUUUUUGCAUCAAAAGGGGGCUGAAAUGUUCGUUCAUGCGAAAUUCUGUCAUUCGCUCGGACGGUCGGGAAUACGAUCCCCUGCUUUACUACGACGAGGAUGAGAUGCUCGCCCCUGCUGCCCCUGACAUCGUACCAGACCAGGAUUUCUCAGUCGAGCUUGUUCAACUAUACUUCCGCUACAUUCACAUUGUAUUUCAUAACUUGUUUCACGAACCGUCAUUUAUGUCCGCUGUUAGAGAUGGUACCAUCCCCAAAGUUCUUUUCUUCGGCGCGAUCGCGUUGUCCGCUAGAUUUUCAUCGCAUCCCAGCCUUGCAGAUAUUGAGCCUCGACAACGUGGUCGGCUAUACGCAGAAGAGGCAACUAGACUACUUGACUUACAGAACACGUCCCUGACUACCAUUCAAGCAUGCAUGCUACUAGGUGCUAUUCAGGGGGUCGAAGGGAAUCCGGCCACUGAAUCCGUUUAUUUUAGCGCUGCAGCUCGGAUGGCUAUGAUACUGGACCUUCCUAGAGCACUAUCAAGAACUCGCAUCGAUCAGGAAAUUAAUGUCAGAGUCUGGUGGUCAUUGGUCGCCACUGACACCUGGUCAUCGGCUGCCCUCUGUCUCCCCAGGGCAAUACAGCCAUGCAAUGAUGAUCCAUUACCCAUGGAUGAAAUCGCAUUCUCUCGCUUGGGUUUACACGAUCCCCCACAAUCCUUUGCAACAGACGGAUCAACAUCUACAGACACAGGCUGUUCUUCGUCCCUGAUUUCCCAAAUGAUCAAGCUGAAUCAUUUCCUGUGGGACACAAACAAAAUAUAUAGAAUUUUCGUUUCAGGACAGAUGACGUAUGGCACCCUCGAAGUUUCAGUUCGAAAUCUAUCCGCGUCUCUCGACAUUUGGUUAUGGGAACUUCCUAUCAACAUGCGCAACACGCCAGAUAAUGUUUCGUACUGGGCAAGUCAAGGUUUUGGGCAUAUUUUCGUGAAUCUUCAUAUCAACUACAACCACGUGGGCCAACUCCUUUUCUACCCAUUCUUGAAUGACAGCCAGGAGCUUGACGGAAAUUCCGCCGCCCAUGCCUCAAAGUCCCAUUAUCACUACGCUCAAAGAUGCGCUCAACACGCAGCAAAUCUAUGUGAGAUUGUCUAUCAAGCAAGAGAAAGCCCAACAUCUGAAGUUUCCUACUCUCUCAUGUGCCACGUACUAGUCAUCGCCUCAACAGUCCACAUAUACAUCCUACUCUUCAGCCCCAAUGACGACCAGAUAAGCGCGGCCAGAUACCGUCUAGAGCGCAAUUUUGAGAUCAUCGAUUCCCUUCGGAAAUACUGGCCCUGCGUGGAUGCUUCGCUCGGCAGAUUGAAGGCGUUUCAUAAUGCUUGCUUGAAGAGUAAAGAAGAUUCGUUUCGGUUGGAUCAGUGGAUGCUGAAGUUUAUAUUGGAUAAUGAACGCCCGGUGAAGGAAAGAGAUGAGGAUGCUGGAUUGGAAUGGGACAGAUCUAUCUUGUCGUUUGGUCAGUUGGGGCAGUAG